UUUUGCCGAAGAGAACAUGCCCUAAAGGGCUCAAUUCCAUCAUCAAUUGGUCAGCUUGUUUUUUUGGAAAGUUUAAUGAUGAAUAACAAUAAACUAACUGGUAUUUUACCAGAUUCCCUUGGUAAUCUUCUUAAAAUCAAUAAAAUCUUCUUAGGGGGAAAUAUGAUCACAGGACAUAUUCCUUCAAGUUUAGGACGUCUAACUACAUUAGGAAACUUGGACUUACAAGACAACCAAUUUAUAGGACUCGUACCGGCGAGUUUAGGCAAUCUCAGCCUCAUGGGAUUGAGUCUUUCCAGGAAUAAACUUGUUGGCCCGCUUCCUCCUCAAAUUGCUCAAAUUCAAGGAUUGAAUUACCUAGAUUUAUCAUAUAAUCCACUUGAAUUAGGGCAAAUACCAAAUUGGUUAGCCAAAAUUAAUCUCUUUUCACUAAGGUUAGUCAACACUAGAAUCAAGGGAAAUUUACCUCAAUGGCUAUCUUCAUCAUCAAUAGGUACACUUGACCUAUCGUGUAAUGAACUUAAAGGUACAUUACCUACAUGGUUAGGUAACAUGAGCAUAUUAUGGUCCCUUAACUUAUCUAAUAAUGGAUUUUACUCUACCAUCCCUAAUGAAUUCAAAAAUUUGUCUUUGCAAUCCGUUGAUCUUCACUCAAACAACUUCUCAGGCCCUUUGGAAUUUCUUUUUGAUCUUCCAAGGGCGAAAUAUUAUUACUUGGACGUGUCAGGUAACGCGUUUACAGGUCCGAUUGACAAAGAUAUUGGUAGCAAGCUUGCCAUGGAACCAAUUACUUCCUUAAUAUUGUCAAAUAAUCCAUUGGGAGGGAGGAUACCUGAGUCAAUUGGGAACUUGACUCGAUUGCAAGUGUUAGAAUUAGCGGAAAACCAAAUUUUAGGGACAAUUCCUAAGAAGGUGUUGAAUUUGGAAAAAUUGGAAGAAUUUGAUGUCUCAAGGAAUAGAUUAUAUGGGGAAAUUCCACCCCAUAAGGCUAACAUUCCUACUUCUUCAUUUUUAGGUAAUUCUGAUCUUUGUGGGACUCCAUUACCUCCUUGUAAACAUUUAUAGUUAGCUCAGAAGCUUUGUUAUUGAUUCCAUUAUCUCCUUGAAAUUCGGUUUUCAGUUAUGUAAUAAAUAAAAAUGAUUUAAUAAGAAAUAAUAUGUUGAUUGUUUAUCAUGCGAGAAAUGGAUUGUAUUUGUAUUACCUAAUCUGUCUUUGUUCUCGUUUUCCUCAUACUCGUUACAAGGAGAUUGCUACAUCUACCCACUGGGUAAACUACCCAUUAGAAAUAGACAAUUAAAAAAUAAAUAAUUAUAUUGAGUUGGACUCUAUUUAUUAUUAAUGUCUAUCUCUAGUGAAUAGAUUAUCCGGUGGGUUGACAAAGUUUUUUCCAUAUUACAAGGACGCAUAUAUUAGUGGCAUGUUGUGGUCCUUGUGGAGUAGAUUACAAAUGUUACAUUAUAGUUGUAUUACAUAGUUUGAUUGAUAAUUCACAAAUGAGACAAUAUUAUGAGAUAUUGGACUAGUUAGAUCCAGCAUGGGAUGCAGGAGUAGAGCUUUUUUUUUUUUUUUUUUUUGGUGAACAACCAAGGUAUCCACCGCGAUAGCAGUGACUAAUCCCCUCGCCCCGGGUGCUCCACUUAAGGGUAAAGGCUGGCCAAGAAUCUCUUUCCAUUCCCAAAGGUUGAGGAUCGAACCCCCGACCAAUUGGUUAAGGGACAAAGUGAACAACCACUAUGCCAAGACCACUUGGUUUCAGGAGUAGAGCUUUGCUACUACAUAUAUACUUCCUUCGUACUUUAACAAUUUCAAUGUUUUCUAUUUUGGGAUUUCGUUAUUAAUCAAGAUUCAUUGAGAAUAUCUACUUCUUACCCAUGUCAUUGUACAUUAUUUGUCUCUCUCACAUUUUUAAUUUUCCUUUUUUAAAAAAUAUAUAUGAUUUGUCCAAAAUAUUCAUGUUGAUAAAUUAAGAACAGAAGAAGUAUAAUACUUAAAUGCUGAAAUUCAACAAAAUAGGGUAACUUUAGCAUUUCACAAUGGAGUUGAUGAACAUCUAUUAACGAGGAUAAAGUGCUUAGGUGUGUGGUGUGUCAUGUACUCAUAUCUCAUAUGU